AUGAAGGCCCGUUGCCGACUAUUGGUUGAAAACUUGCAGCCCCCACGAUUUCAUCGAAUUUCACAGGAUUAUGCGGAAAAGCAGGAUUCUAAAACUAUCAAGCCAGAAAAGAAACCACAACGUGAACACUGGCUCAAUGACUGCCCCACAGCCACGGACGCACAGCGCGAAGAGACCGUGAAGAAGUUUCGCGCGGCUAAAAAGCGGCGUUCGGGGCCGCUCCUAGAUGUUCCCUAUACACCCGAUACCGGCGCCGACAAGAGCACUACUCCACUGAGUACGCCUGUUGAAGCUGUUAUGGCUGAUGGCAGGGUCCAAUUGUGA